UGUCGUCCAAAGUGUUGAGGGGAGUCAUGGGGAGUGGUGGGGUUCCUGCGGACGUGGAUAAGUAGGCAUUAAUCUUUAAAAAUGGGAAGGAAGCCAAGAGCUACUAGGACACACUUGAGGAGAUCUAUCCAAAGUAGCCAGUUUCACAACAGGCGUCUGGAGGAGGACCAGAUGUGGGCGAGCCGCGCGCGGGAGCGGGAGCGGCGCCGCUCGCCGCCGCCGGGCACUCGCGGCCUGCGCAUGGACCAGCGCCGUCUGGAGAGCCGGCCUCGUCGCGAAGCAGACAGGCGGCGCCCGGAGCUCGACUCGGCCAUGCGCCGCGCCCGCCGCGACGGCCAGCAGAGCAUGUACUGGACCAAGAAGCUGCUCGACUUUGAAGAGCGCGAUCCGGACCGCUGGGGCCACAGCGGGUUCCGGGAGCUCUACAUGGACUCGGCGCCAGGCGCGGCCAGCACCGCCCGGCCGGACCGCUCUCGGGAACGUCAGCCGAGAGAGCGGCCCGAGCGGGAGCGCAGAGAGCGGCCCGAUCGGGAGCGCAGAGAGCAGCUCCAACGCGACGCCGGGCGGCGGCCGGCGGCGUCCGAGCGCGGCCGCCGACAGUACCGGCGCCGCUCCCGGACCCGGUCCCGGUCCCGGUCCCGGACACGGACACGGUCCCGGUCCGGCUCGUCCUCCUCCAGCAGCUCGUACUCCGGCUCGUCCGAUGACCGGUCGCGGUCGGGCACGCCCGGCCGCCGCCGCCGCCGCCGCAGCUCGAGCAGCAGCUGGUCCAGCAGCUCGACCAGCGUCACAUCGCGGUCAGCCUCGCCGUCCUCGCGACCCGCCGCCGCCGCCGCCCCGGUCAACGGACACAGGCGGCCGGCGCCGCGGCCGCGCCCUGCCGCCGACCGUACCAAGGGGCCGGCGUCGGACCGCUCCCGGGCGGCGGCCCCCGACCGGUCUCGGCCGUCCGGCGGCGGUGGCGGCGGCCCGCGGCCGGCGGCCACCAUCACCCGGCGCGUGUCGAACCCGGCGCCGGCCGUCCCGGCCGGCCCGUCGCGGCGGCGGCCGGCGCGCUCCGAGUCGGCCGACUCGAGCUCGUCGUCGGCAGCCGAGGAGCCGGCACGCACCAGCCUGUCGGAGCGUUUCGGUCGGCUGGCGCAGCUGAGCUCUCAGCGCGGCGCCGCCGAGCUCGUCCGGCUCAAGAUCGUCAAAGACGCCCACUCGUCGGACAAGAAGGUGAUUCUGGAGGAGGAGCCGGGCGCCGGCUCUGGCCGCGAGCGCAGCCAGCAGCGGCUCAGCUUCGAGACCGAGUACCGCGAGUACUUUGGCCAGAAGCUGCGCCGGCCGGCCAUGACGGACGACCCGGGCGCCGAGCUGCCGCGUCAGCUGCCGCGCGACUGGGAGACGGACGUGAGCGUGCGCUACCGCUACUACCGCGACGCCGGCUACUUCCGCGACCAGAUGCUGACGCUGGACGAGUACAUCAAGUGGGAGCAGUGGUGGUACCGCUACCGCGAGUGGCUGGCCAAGGAGACGCGCCGCGCUCACCUGGAGCGGCCUCCGGCCGAGCAGCUGGGCCUGGCGCCCGUGCGCCGUCUGCGGCCCGUCGACUGGCGGCCGGAGCGCCGCCCGCCGCGCCGCUUCUGAGCGCCGAGUCCGAUCUGAUGGCGGGCAGACGCACCACGGCGAUCCCCAGCGUGGAGCGCCAAUCACUGACCGAGUGUGGGACCGGCGCUGGGGAGUACCCAGUGCCCCAUUUUAUAGGCAGGCUGCAAUCUUAUCGUGUGGCUUGCUAGACUUUCAAUCUCAAUCUGCCUUCAGUAUUUGUGUGCAGAUUUGAUUAGCAUUUUGUCAGCUUCUCUUAUUAAAUGCUGGCUGUUACGGAGCAAACCAACAUUGCUUCAACUAAACGUCAGCCGUGAGCUAUUUGUUACAAACAUUUUUAUUUGAUGGCCUUUGCCACCUUUUAAGUGUCGUGCGGGGUUUGGAGGGGUGAAAAGUUGCCAGGUUUUAGCGGGCAGAGCCGCCUGUGGCGGUCGUGGAUUUCGCGGCCGUCCGGCAGCGUGUGUAGACUGUCGGUCCGCCGGCGGCGUGUGUAGACUGUCGGUCCGCUGGCAGCGUGUGUAGACUGUCGGUCCGCCGGCGGCGUGUGUAGACUGUCGGUCCGCUGGCAGGCAGCGUGUGUAGACUGUCGGUCCGCAGGCCCGGCUUGUGGGCCCGCGGCCCUUGCCCGGUGUGAAUGAGGUCGUGGGCGGGAGGGCGCGCGCAUGCGUCCCGCGACGCUCGGGCAGUGUCUCCCUACUAGUGUCCGUGUGGUAUUUCCCUACUGGUGUCCGUGUGGUUCGCGCACGAGUGUCCGUGACCCGUGUGGUUCGCGAUCGGUACCUAUCUCGGAACCAGUGUCCGUGUGGUUCGCGAUCGGUAUCUCUGAACCAGUGUCCGUGUGGUUCGCGAUCGGUCGCCGUGGGCGGCGGUAGCUCCUGUGACAUGAUAGUGCUCCUCCCUCAGUCAUCCGAUGUUGACUCGUAACCUCUCACUGAACAAAUAAUAACAUGGCACGGAGA